AUGGAACCACUUCUCGACGAGUCGCUCCCUAGCGAGCAGUUCGGUUUUCGCCGUGGGGUCGGGACGCUGGACGCGAUUCACUACUUCCUUCCCGAGGUCGAGGGAACCGUAUCGGCACAUGGAAAGAUUUAUGCAGUCUUCAUUGACUGCAACAAGGCGUUCGACGAAGCAUCGAGGGCUUUGAUGCUGCAGAGCUUCGCUGACGUUAGAGUCGGAGGCCAGGCUCUGAAGAUUAUCGACAGCUUUUUCGAGAAGGAUCAUCUUGAGAUCCAGUUACAGCACGAGAAGGUCCGUGUCUCACAAAACGACGGGACUCCGCAGGGCAACCCGCUCAGUUGUCUCGCAUUCAUACUGUUGAUUCGCGACCUUGUAGAUUUCAUAAGGUCCGAAUCCAAAGCUUUCGUUGUCACCGAUAUCAUCGGUUAG